AUGGACAGAGAAGAGUCCUCCGACGAGCAAGACGUAUCUGACGAACUAGCUAGAGAUCACGCAGUACUCACGCAGGCCGAGCAGGAAUGGAGCAGAAGAGGACCGUUGCUGGAGUCGUACGGCUAUCGUCUGCGACCAAGGUAUCGUCCAGGUUGGACACCUUCCUGGCGAGACGGCAACGACGAUCUCUUGAGGUGUGAAGACUUCUAUCGCAUUCCUCGAUCCUUUCUCAUAGAUGCGGAGCGUAUUGAAGACGGAAAGCUUGUAUAUAUCAAGGCCGUGUCCACGGGUAACGACGAGAUAAAGAUCGCGACGAUGCUUUCUUCUCCGCCUCUCAAUUCUGACAUUCGAAACCACUGUGUGCCCAUUUUGGACAUCAUAGAGGACGAUAACGACCCGGAUGUGUCGCUGAUAGUAAUGCCUUUCCUUCGCCUUAUGGACGAUCCACCGUUUGACACGGUGGAUGACGUCGUGGACUUCGUGGACCAGAUGCUUGAGGGACUCGUCUUCAUUCACGAGCAAGGGGUAGCGCAUCGAGACUGCUCCAGGAAAAAUAUCAUGAUGGACGCGUCGACGCUCUACCCACAAGGCUUCCAUCCGAUCCGCGACACACUAUUAUCAGACGUCAGCACCGAUGCUCCACAUCUUUCGCGGUCCGCUGCGCGCGUCAUGUACUAUUACGUGGACUUUGGGAUAUCCGUCCGCAUCCCGCCGGAAGUCACUCCUAAGUUGGUGACUGGACGUCUUGGCCGCGAUCGCGAUCCUCCAGAGUUACGUGUAAAGAGGGCGGCGUCAGGUGGGACACCCACGCAGAAACCGUACGAUCCGUUCAAGCUGGACGUCUUCAUCCUCGGCAAUACUAUCAAGAAGGAAAUAUACGAAAACUACUCCAAUCUAGAAUUUCUUCAGCCUCUCUUCAGUACUAUGACCGCUCGCGAGCCUCAGUCACGGCCCACGGCGGCCGAAGCGCAGGAGUUCUGGCGCACGAUCAGGGAUAACAUGUCGCGUCUCCACCGUAUCAGCAGGCUGCGCGGCCGGGACGAAGUAUGGGCCCAGACCGCAUUCUUGGAUAUUUUCUCCUUCGUCCGGAUUGGCGUCUGGAUUUCGACUGGUAUGUACGAGCGGAUCGUUGGGAUGCUGAGCAUGGCACGCCGCUCGACUCUAGGAUAACGGAAGUUUGCUCGUCACCUACUAUCAUGUACACGGAACGCUUUAUAUGUACCGCUGCUUUCACAUUGCUAACACUGCUUUGG